UAGUUUGUUAUGCAAUUUGAAACUUAUCCAUUACUAGGAUAGACAACCGUACAAUAAUAUUCUUUUAUGUAUUUGUCUUGUAGCCAAAUAAUCUUGUAUAAAUAUAUUAAAUUGGAAUGAGAAAGGCAUCAGAAAAUUUCCACAUUUCAAGAUUUCCUUCUUUCAUAAUUCUACAUGGUAUCAGAGCAAAGGUAGAGCUCACAACCAAAUCCUUUCAUCCUUCUUCACUUUCACUUCCCUUCAAUCCAAAUGGUUGAAACAGAGGAUAACACCACUGCUACAGUUGCAGCAACCUCUAGGAAUGGAGGCUCUGUGGUGAUAGAUCAAACCAACCCUUUUUUUCUUCAUGCUUCAGAUUCACCAGGGAUGACUCUUGUCCACACCACCUUAGAUGGAAAUGGCUAUGGGGCAUGGAGAAGAUCCAUGCUCAUAGCUCUCUCAGCCAAAAAUAAGUUGGGAUACAUUGAAGGUUCUUCUCUUGUCCCUGCUCCAGAAUCAACUGAUUUCAAGCUAUGGAGUAGGUGUAAUGACAUAGUCACUUCUUGGCUAUUGAACUCCCUCUCAAAAGAGAUAGCUGGGAGUGUGAUCUAUUCUAAAUCUGCCAAGGAACUCUGGAAAGACCUUGAGGAUAGGUUUGGUCAGCUUAAUGGAGCAAUGCUCUAUCACCUGCAAAAACAACUUGCUGAUUUAGUGCAAGGUUCAUCAGAUAUUGCAGGUUAUUACACCAAAAUGAAGAAGACGUGGGAUGAACUUGACCCUUUGUACUCAAAAGUGACCUGUUCUUGCAACUGCAGCUGUGGAGGAAAAUAAAAGAUGAACAAGUCAUUGCAGGAUGAGAGGUUAGUUCACUUCCUUAUGGGACUGACUGAUGUGUAUGCCCUAAGAAGAAGCAACAUUCUGAUGAUGACACCUCUGCCCAGUGUCAACCUUGCUUAUUAUCUGUUGAUGCAAGAUGAGAGGCAAAGAGAAAGCUCCAUGAACACUAAAUUUCCUGGUAACUCUAUGUCUUUCUUGGCAGCACAACACUACCCUAUGGGGCAGAUGUCUCCUAACUCUGAUUGUAAGGGUAAGAAAAACAAUCUGAUGUGCUCAAACUGUAAAAAACCAGGACACACUAUAGAUAAAUACUACAGAAUCAUAAGUUUCCAUCUGAUUCCAAGUUUACCAAGUCCAGUAAAACUCAAGGUCUUGUCAAAUCUAAUGCAGUUGUCACAGCUUCUGGACAAACAAGCAAUGAGGGAUAUCAGGGAGGAAGAAGCUCUAUUUCUCAAGAUCAAAUGAUGCAUCUCAUGCAAUUUUUCCAGAAUAUGCAAGGUGUUGGUCAGGGUGGUUCAACAUCAAAUGUCAAUGCAAAUCUUGUUCAAUGUGCUGGACCCUUCAGUGAAGACCCCUCUGGUUCUUGGUGAAGCUAAGGAUGGAGUCUAUAUUUUGAAUUCUUCUAUCAACCAUUCCAAGAGUUUCUUUAAGUCUAGUUUCUCUAGUAUUUUGCCUAAACAAUGUAUUUUAAUUUUUA